UAGAGGUUACAAAGCACCUGGGCCCCGUAAAAAACGCGUAGACAAUAACAAACAGAGCUAUUAAGCGAGGAACGCUCGUAAAACUCGGUCAAAUUCAUAUUUUGAGAUGCGCGAAUUAAAUUAAUAAUUCGUGGUAGCCAAGAGUCACCUGUUUUAAAUGUGUUGUAGGUGUAGGUCAGUGAUCGGUUCAGCAGUGGGUAUAAAACGGUCAGUCGUUGGAUUUCGAAACCAGUAAUAGCCAGCAACUGCAACCAAAAAAAACCUCAAAAUGUUCAAGAGCGCGCUAAUCAUUUCCCUCUUCCUGGUGGCUGUGGUCCGUUCAGCCGACGAGUCUCAGGCCGAGAUUACCAAGUACCGCAGUGAGGUGAAGCCCGAUGGCAGUUAUAGCUGGGAGUACGGGACCUCCAACGGCAUUGAUGCCCAGGAGAGCGGUGUGGGCAGUGCCUAUGCUGCUGGCUCCGUCCAGUACACAGCUCCUGAUGGGACUCCCAUCCAGCUGGAGUACACCGCUGACGAGAACGGAUACCAGCCCAGGGGUGCCCAUCUACCCACGCCACCUCCGAUUCCCGACUACAUCCUCAAGGCUCUGGCCUACAUCGAGGCUCAUCCCUUCACCAGGAUCCAGCUGAAGUAGUUUUAGUUACCUGAAAGAAAAAUAGUUUUAG